GAAAAAUUAUUAGAAGAUGUGAACAAAUAGAUAAUAGCUUAGAAUCAUUUGGAGUUGAAAAAAAUUAUCGAAAGACUUAUCUCGAAGUUUUAAAAACAUUAGUUAUAACCAGCGUAAUAAUAAUAACCAUUAUUUCACUACAUAAUUACGUUACUUCCAAUGAACAAGAAUACACUUUAAAUAUUCUCUUAUAUAUACCAAUAACAACUAUGUGUUUGGGGAUUCUUACUUUUACCAUAUUUAUAAGUAUUUUACAGGAUAAGUUACAUAAGAUGAAUAAAAUUAUAGAAGAGGUAUAUCAGUUAUCAAAUAUAAAAGAUAUUAAUAUAAGAUAUAAAAUGCAAUCACAUAUUGCACGUAAAUUUAUAAUUGUAAUGGAUUAUUAUCAAAGAAAAUAUUUUGUUCAACAUCUUCUUCAAAUUAUAAGGUAUAUUCAUUUUGAGAUUUUCAAACUUUCACGCAUACUUAACCAAGCAUAUUCUUACCAAAUUUUAUUAGACUUAAUAGGAGAAUUUUCAGUAGUGUUAUGUACACUUUAUAACAUAUAUUUUUCUUUAAUAUCAUUAAACUUAUCAGAAAUAUUAUCAGAUAAAGAAACUAUAGGAUCUUUAAUAUGGGUUCUUGUAUAUUCUACAAAAAUUAUUUUUGUAAAUAAUCAUUGCACUAAAUUCUAUCAUGAGAUAGAAGUAACAGCACAUUUGCUUCGAGAAAUAGAUAUUUACUACUUAGAUAAUUCCAUUAGAAAUGAGGUGCAACAAUUUUUAUUACAAGUUUUACUUCAUCCUUUAAAAUUUAUUGCUGGUGGUUAUAUUCUUAACAACAAGUUAUCAACAAUGAUUUUUGGUGGUAUAAUGACUUUUUUGGUUGUAUUGGUACAAAUUAGUUCGUCGCCAAGUAUGAUGAAGCCUUUAAGCAGUAGCGCAAUCUUUAAAGAUUAAUAAUUUCUACUGCUAAAAUCAUGGUUUAUCUAUUAUAUUUCAUAGUAAAUCAUUAUAAUUUACAAAUAAAAAGAGAUUAUUGGAGAAAAAAAAUCAAUUUGAUAUUUGCUUUCAUACAUUUAUUGUACGAUUUUCUUAAAAAAAAGAAAUAUUAAAAUUUUAGUAGACAAAAUAAAUAAAAAAAUUGAUAUAGAUAUAUAAAAUAUUUAUGAGAUUUAUUUAUUAAAUUAUACAAACAUAUAAUCAAUUCACAUUUAUAAUUAAUAUUCUUAUAAUUAAUUGAAUUUAUUCAUUCAUUAUAUAUUUAUUAACUUACUAUUAAUUAUUUAUAAACUAUUAAUAGCAUAUAUCAAUGUGUUACAUUUGGUGGGACAAAUAGUUUACAAAGUUUUAGUUUUUUUUAUGUCCUCAUUCUCGUCCAAAUUGAAUGCUAACUUACCAGCAUAAUAUUUGAUAUGAAUUAUAGUAUUCACCAUGUAGUAUUCAGAAUGUAUAAAUAUAUAAAUCAAAAAUUCUUUAAUUUUUGAAUUAUGAUAGUUUUACAAAAUGCAAAAUUUAAAAUUUUGUUUCUUAUAUUUAUUUCUUUAAUAUACUUACACUUUUCUGCCUACAAUAUAUAGUACAUAUAAAUUAUUUAUUAGUUUGUAAUUAAUAAUUAUAUAUAAUAAUUAAACAUAUAGUAUAAAUAUAAUUAAAUUUAUUAAUAUAAUUAUAUAUUAUUAAUAAAUAUUAUCAUUUAAUUAAAUCCAUAAUUUAUACAAUGUUAUGCAUUUAUAAAAUUAUAUUUGUAGAAUAUAUUAAAAACAAGAAAAAAAAAAUAUAAAGGUUUACAUAUAAAAAUGAUCAUUCAUUAAGUUAAAUUUUAAACAGUAUAAAUUUAUAUUAAAAAAAACAAAAUUGAGUGAAAUGAUCUAUUUCUGGCCGGUUUAUACAUAUUAUAUAUUAUCAUAUGUUACAAAUUUUUUUCUGUAAAUAAUUAGUAUUAAUUUUUUUAUUAAAAUUUAAACUCUUUUUAAUUCACAUUAUAUUAAUACAUAUUAAAUUAAAUUAUUUUUUAUACUAUAUAAAUAUUUAUUUAUGAUUGAUAUAUAGGCAAAUUAAGCAUAUUGAAUUUAUUUCUUACUAAUUAUAUUUAAUAAUAUUUUUUUAAAAGAUAAAACUGAAUUGCAUGUGAUAUUAUUAAGUUAAAAAGAAAGUUCUUGCAGUUUUUAACUAUUAAAUUCAAAUAUUCAUAUUUCGCCUCAAACAAAAUUUAUUAAUUAAAAUAAAUAUCAUUCCAAUCAAUGCACUUUUGAGAAAUAAAUUUUGUUAUUCUGGUUGAAUAAAAUUCUGGAAUCCUGGAAGCGAUAAACUCAUUGAAUGGUGUUUCAUUUCAACAUUUCUCUUCUUUGAAGCAUUUCCCAUGAAAGAAGUUGUUGAAGUGCUUAAAAAAAUACUAAUCGGUGGACGAGAUUUAACAAAUAUGAUGAAUAAAAUAGAGUUUCGUAGCUCAAUUGUUCAAUUGUUUUUGAAAGGUCGGUUGGGCGAUAUAUGACCAAAUAUGUGUGGAGAAAGAUAGGACUAUUUCUGUUAACCUGGACACAAAUGUUGAAGUUUUUUCAUGCGUUUUAUGCAUUUCGUCAAUUUGGUGAUAGUUUCAGCUAUAAUGAUUUCAUCACGAUUUAGGAAACUAUAAUGAAUUAAACCGGCUACAGACUAUCAAACUGUCAUCAUGAUCUUCUUUUGAUGAAACUUUGGCUUUGGGAAGUAUUGUGGAGUUUUGUCGUAAUCACUGAACCGAUCGUCGCCGAUUGUUAUAAAGAAUUUUAUAAUAUUUUUCAUUAUACAUUACAAUUCGUUUGAAAAAUGGAUCAUUUUAUUGCGCAAGAGAAGGACAGACGACACUUCAAAAUGAUGAUUUUUUUUAUGUUCAUUUAAUUUAUCUAUUUAUCAAGCUUUUUUGUUUUUCCAAUUUUCUAUAGAUUGUUGGUUAUAGAUUGUUGUAUGCGUUAAUUCAAAAGUAAGCUCCCGAAUGCUUGUAUCUAAGGAUUGACUUCAAUUAGAACUUUCAGAUCAUUGUUGUCAACAUCUGAUGGCUGAUCACUGCGCUCAUAGUCUUCAAAACUCUCAUCACCGCUUCGAAAUCUUUUAAAUCAUCAUUGUGCAGUACGUUUGUUAAUGGUCCCAGAACCAAACGCCUCGUUGAUAUCGUGAGUUGUUUUGGCAGCUUUCCGACUUAGUUUGGAAUAAGAAGAUUGUUCAAAUCUGUUUCUUGUACAUUAUGUUUUCAACAUAAUGUUUUCAUCC